AUGAAAAUCGAUGUUUUGAUAGUCCCAACUAUUGCAGUGCCGUUAUCAAACAUUCAAAAGGAAGUGAAGUCAUUGAGUUAUCUCCGGGGACUUAAGUUGGCACACCCAGUGACUGAUGCUGAAAGUUUUGACAUUUCAUUACUGAUUGGUGCGGAUUCAUACUGGAAAAUAGUGUUGAAUCAAGUCGUCAGGGGCAACGGACCUACUGCCGUGAAGUCAAAAAUUGGAUAUCUGCUUUCCGGUCCGUUACCAGGCAAAACACAACAACCAUCCGCUCAGUACAUGUUGAAUGUCAUCACAACUCCGCCGACGACCCUGGACUUGGAGCGCUUUUGGAAGCUUGAGUCCAUCGGAAUCACACCGGAAGGAGUCGAUACUUCCGGUUCCCGUAACCUGAAGACUUACAUGGAAUCUAACAUAUCAUAUGACGAGGGUCGCUACAUCGCCAAGCUUCCAUGGAAAGAUGACCAUCUGCCGUUGCCGACCAAUUAUGACGUUAGCGUGAGACGUACAGAAAACUUGAUCAAGCGGUUACGUCGUCAAUCUGCUGAUAAGCCUAGCCUAAAUGACUGCCUACAAUCAACACCGCCGGAACUGAACGACUUAGCCGGUAUACUUAUGCGUUUCCGGUUGAAAAGAUAUGCGAUUAUAACAGACAGCAAGAAGGCAUUGCUUCACGUUUCGCUGGACGAGAAAGACCGGCACGUCACGAGAUUUCUAUGGCUGAGUGACCCCGACUCCCCGCUGACCACAUACAGGUUCAAGGCCGUGCUGUUUGGGGCAACGUGUUCUCCAUUCAUCCUGUGCGCAACCACCAUCAAGCAUCUAGAAAACAACAGUGGCAACUGGGUGAGUAACCACUUACUGAGAGAUAUCUAUGUUGAUAACAUAAUAUCUAGCUUUUCGCAGGAACGAGACGUCGUUGACUUCUUCAGAGAUACACGUGCAUUGAUGUCUGCCGCCAAUUUCAACCUACGCUCCUGGAAUUCCAACAGCAGAAUCGUGCGUGAAAUGGCCAAAGUUGACCAUGUACUUGACAACGAUGGAGCUUCAAAAGUUCUUGGUAUGCGAUGGGACGCAGUCAAGGACACUAUAUCGUUUCCAGAGAGGUUGAUUCCUGUGGCUGAUAUUGUUACAAAGCGUACCAUUUUGCAGCACACAUCCAGAAUGUAUGAUCCGCUUGGACUCCUCAUCCCAGUCACCAUUCGAGCUAAGAUCAUAUUACAAGAAUUGUGGGAGAAGAAAUAUGCCUGGGACUCACCACUUCCACACGAGCUACAACAGAAAUGGCAGGAAAUAGCGCGAGACAUGAACAGUGCUUCAUCCUCUUCAUUCAACAGACGCCUAUUCAACUUUGAAGCAGACGACACCGUCAACGCAGCAGACGAAACAAUAUUGCACGUGUUUUCAUACGCUAGUAUGACGUCAUAUGGCGCAGCUGUAUACAUCUGCAGAGUCAAUCAAUCAGCGCUGGUAAUGGCAAAGUCCCGCGUUGCACCAUUGAAGAAACUUACCCUACCUCGGUUAGAGUUAAUGGCCGCAGUGAUCGGUGCGCGACUCGGGACAGACCACUGUGACGAGCCUGAGCCACAGUCAUCGUCAGAAUCUUCGAGAAACACCAUUGCAGGCAUCCAUACUAUCAUCGAUGUGACCAGAUACAACACUCUCGGGAAGCUGCUACGCGUCACCGCCUACAAACACCCAUUCACACGUUUGGUUGUAAUCGAUGCCCACGAGAGGUUACUUCAUUCUGGGUCAAGUUCAACCAUUACAUACUUCAGACAGAAAUACUGGGUACCGGUUAUCCGACGUUGCGUGCAGUCCGUGUUGCGGGCCUGCGUUAUAUGCAGACGAGUUAACGGCAACUCCUACCAUGCGCCUGAUCCACCAGCGUUACCGAAAAUACGAGUAGAGUACGCGGAACCAUUUACAGUAACUGGCGUAGACUUUACUGGUGCGUUGUAUGUACGCGAUAAAGACGGACAUGAAAAGAUAGCGUACAUAUGUUUGUUUACAUGUGCAUCGACUCGAGCUGUACACCUUGAACUCGUGCCGGAUCUCACAACAGAAACAUUUCUGCAAGCGUUUCGCCGAUUCUGCAGCCGGAAGUCCCUUCCACGUCUGAUGAUAUUAGAUAAUGCUACUACAUAUAUAGGAGCAGCGAAUCACCUACGUGAACUCAUGCAAUCAAAUGCAGGACAGGAAGAGCUCAACAGCAAAGGAACAGAAUGGCGCUUUAUCGUAAAACGUGCUCUGUGGUACGGAGGAUGGUGGGAGCGCCUGAUUGGGUUGACCAAAACUGCCGUCAAGAAGGUACUCGGUCGAUCGUAUGUGGACUUCGAGACGUUAUCCACUAUCAUCACAGAAGUUGAGGCCGUUAUCAAUGACGGUCCACUAACUUACGUCACUUCCGGAGAGGUCGAGGCGGAGCAAUUGACGCCAUCGCACUUGCUAUAUGGAAGACGAUUUACAAAGUUGCCUCAUUCCGAAGACAUUGAACUUUCGGGCCCCCGUGCGAGUAACUUUGAAAACAUUGACAAUUUCCGCGUACGAUGGAAGACUGAAUAUUUAACAGCUUUAAGGGAGCACCACCGUGUUUCCGGCAAAAACCAGCAGACCAUCAAUGUUGGCGACGUUGUCCAGGGCUACAACGAGACACCGAGGUCCUCAUGGAAACUAGCAGUUGUGGAGGAGACCAUUACCGGAAACGAUGGGUUGGUUCGUGCAGCGCGGAUUUGGACACAAAAUGGACAUCACACUACCCGCCCUAUCGUAAAACUGUAUCCUCUAAAAGUGAUGUGUGACACCGUCAGUGCAAGAGACUAA